AUGGCGGACUCGUACGAAAACGACGAGGACGUUCUCCAAAUGAUACAGCAAAUAAAAAAAAUAACAAAGGAGAGCAAACGCAAGUUCGAAAACGAAAUAGACUACUUAGUGGAGGACACCAAGUCCAAUCUACUCACGCAAGUUGACGAUGAAAAAAAUAGUAUUAAAAAGGAAGCAGAGGAGAAGCUAAACAACUAUCGAGAAAAUCUCAUAAAAUAUGAGAAGGGCAUAAAUGAGAAGAGGCGCCACUACCUCAAGCUAAAAUCGGACCUAGCCACGGUGGUGAACAAUUACAAGAAGCGGAUGAAGGACUUCAACAUCGAAACGGAAAACUUCAAGAAAACGUACGAGCGGGAGAAAAAGGAGUUGGAAGACCUGGAGGACAGGGAGUGGUCCGAACUGAACACCCACUGCGUCGACCUUUUAAGUAAAACCAAAGCGAAUAUGUGUGCCACCAAAAAUGAAACGAAUAAAAAGCUUAGAAAGGUUCUUAAUUCGAUCAUGUAA